AUGAACACUGACACCCCGACUCAUCAUCCAGGCAGAUCCUCCAUGGAGGACUCUCCCGCCAGCGGGGAGGACGAGGUCGUCGAGCCCGAGCAGGGAAAUGUCCUCUCGCACAUCAUCUCGCAGUUGCGGCCGGGCGCCGACCUCAGCCGUGUGGUUCUGCCGACAUUCAUCCUCGAGCCCCGGUCCAUGCUCGAGCGCAUCACCAACUUCAUGGCGCACCCCGAAACCCUCCUCCCCAUGUCCACGAUAGAUGACCCCGUCGAGCGCUUUGUUUCAGUCGUCAAGUUCUACUUGAGUGGAUGGCACAUCAAACCUCCAGGAGUGAAGAAACCACUCAACCCCAUCCUCGGGGAGACAUUUACCUGCUACUGGGACUAUCCAGAUGGCACGCGCGGAUACUACAUCGCCGAGCAGACCUCGCACCACCCGCCUAAGUCGAGCUACUUCUUCAUGGCCCCCGAGCACAACAUCCGCAUCGACGGCACGCUGAAGCCCCGCAGUAGGUUCCUGGGCAACUCGGCCGCCAGUCUGAUGGAGGGAACCGCCAUUCUGCGACUGCUGAACCGCGGGCAGGAUAAAGAGAAGGGAGAGAAAUAUAUCCUGACACAACCCAAUAUGUACGCCCGCGGAAUCCUGUUCGGAAAGAUGAAGUAUGAGCUCGGUGAUCAUAGCUACGUCCGGUGUCCAGAGCAUAACUUGGUCGCCGAUAUCGAGUUCAAGACCAAGGGCUACUUCUCCGGUACCUACAAUGCCAUCGGAGGCACGAUCAAGAACGAGAAGACGGGAGAGCUUCUAUACGAGCUAUCGGGAAUGUGGAACGGGGAGAUGCAUCUGAAGAACUGCCUGACACACCAGAAGGAGCUUCUAUUUGAUGGAGCGCACGCCAAGCACACCAAGCCUCAGGUUCGCCCGAUUGAAGAGCAGGCAGAGAGGGAAUCACAACGGCUAUGGAAGCCCACCGUCAAGGCGAUCGUUACGCGGAACCACGAACUCGCCACGGAUGAGAAGACCAAGAUUGAAGAUCAGCAACGCGACGAGGCAGCCAAACGUGCCGAGGAGGGUGUCGAGUGGCGACCUCGACUGUUCCGUGCCGUGCAAGGCGGACCCGGCGGCCCAGAUGAAGGAGAUGAAGACCUCGACUGGAUUAUCAAUGCGGACAUCGCCUCGCAUGACCCGAAUCUUGCCGCAAAGCAGAUUCUAUCUAUCACUCCCAUCGUCCAAGGUCAGAAAGUAAAUUCAGUUCCAGAUCCCGCCGCUAAUACUGCAGCCACAGGCUCAUCCGCGGCGUCCUCUUCUGAGACAGAAAACGCCAAUAUGGAACGGAUAGAUACGGAAACGGCGCAGGAAUUCGUGGAUGCGAAGGAGCAAUGA